GUUGCAAUUGCCAUUGGUUUCGAGGCUUCACGUUUUUCACUCUUUUUCUGCCAUCUCUCUUACGCUUGUUUCAUUUUCCGGCAAAUCUUAGCUUCACUUCGCGGAGUUCAAGCUUUUGUGUUCCAGAUUCAAUUGAUCUCGCACCAGUUAUGGAGGAGCAAUUCAUACUUCGUGUUCCACCUAAUGUGGCAGAGCGGAUAGAGCGUCUUCUGAAUGAAAGCAAUCCUUCUUCGUCUGAAGACAAGUCAUUAGAUUUGUCAUUUAGUGAGGAUGGAAGAAGCGGUACAUUUGUGAUUGGGAAUGAACACUUCCCAGCUUCUCUAUUGGACCUUCCUUGCGUUGUUGAAUCUUAUAAGACUUAUGAUGAUAACUCUUUGAUUAAGACUGCGGAUGUUGGUCAGAUGAUUAUGGUGAGGGAAUCUGGUGAUGCUGCUCCAGAUGUAAUUGAGUACAGACAUGGCCUCACCCCACCCAUGAGAGAUGCUCGCAAGCGUCGAUUUCGCAGGGAGCCUGAUCUUAAUCCUGAGCUUGUCUCUCGAGUUGAGAAAGAUCUUCUCAAAAUCAUGGCUAGAGGAACUGCUGACAAUCUUGAUGUAGAAGCAGCUGAGCAAGAAGAAGGCGAUGAGAAUGCCCGAGGCACUAACAAAAAACCUGCACCAAAGCCUGCACCAAAACAUGAUGCUCCAGAGAAUCUUGCUAAUGCAGGGGAACCUGACAGGAGUGAUUCUGAGGAAUCUGAUGACUCAGUCUGACCGAAAUUAACUACAAAGGAUAUUUAUACAACAAUGAUGAAAUGAAAGCAUCUAUAGUAUAAACUUUGGCAGUUAAAUUUGAAUUUCACCCACCCGAGAUCACCUACAGUGGAUUUGCUGUUCCCCAUCGUGCAUUUGACUAGCUAAGUGUUUUGUACUAAACAUUGAUCGUUAAUCUUUGAGGUCCUAAAUUUCCCCUGGAUAUAUGAGAAUCAGGGUGAGCAUGUGUUUAUAUGAA